UUGAAGACUAUGGUACAGAUUGCGACAACAUGAGAGUAACGGCCUUCUUGGACAUUCCAGGCCAGGAUAACCUGCCUCCACUCACUCGCCUGGAGAAGUAUGCUUUCAGUGAGAACACCUUCAACCGGCAGAUUAUUGCCAGAGGGCUGCUUGAUAUCUUCCGGGACUUCAGUAACAAUGAAGAAGACUUCCUAACGUUAAUGGAGAUUGUAGUCAGAUUGUCAGAAGAUGCAGAGCCCACAGUGCGGACUGAGCUGAUGGAACAGAUUCCUCCUAUUGCCAUUUUUUUACAAGAAAACAGAUCAAAUUUUCCAGUGGUGCUCUCUGAAUAUCUCAUACCUAUUGUAGUGAGGUACCUCACAGAUCCAAACCAUCAGGUGAGAAAAUCAAGUCAGGAAGUGCUCUUGAUUCUUCUGGAACAAGACCUAAUUUUCCAGCAUGAUAUUGAAAACAAAGUGUGUCCCAUUCUGCUGCAGCUCUCUGCCCCAGACAGUGAUGACGAAUAUAAAGCAGAAGCUGUGAGCAUAAUCUGCAAAAUGGCUUCAAUGCUGAGUAAGAGUACAGUCGAACGCCUGCUACUCCCCCGAUUCUGUGAACUGUGUGGUGAUGGGAAGCUCUUUCAAGUUCGGAAGGUUUGUGCUGCAAAUUUUGGUGACAUUUGUCAUGCUGUUGGACAAGAAGCCACUGAGAAAUUUUUGAUCCCAAAGUUCUUUGAGCUCUGCUCUGAUGCUGUUUGGGGCAUGCGGAAAGCCUGUGCGGAGUGCUUCACGGCUGUGUCGCACAGCUCCUCCCCUGGGGUCCGCAGAACCCAGCUCUCCCCGCUCUUUAUCAGACUUGUCAGCGACCCCUGCCGAUGGGUGCGCCAGGCUGCCUUCCAGUCCCUCGGCCCUUUCAUUUCCACCUUUGCAAACCCCUCCAGGGCUGGCCUUUAUCUUCGAGAGGAUGGCGCCUUGAGCAUCUGGCCACUCACCCAGGAUUUGGACUCUGGUUUUGCCUCUGGCUCACCUGCUCCCAGCAGUGGUGGUAACACUUCUCCUGCCAGUUUAACAAGUUCAGCAAAGCCUGUGCAGAGGGAGCCAGAGCUACCCGUGGAAGGCACCUCAGCGAAAACCAGUAAUUUCGUGCACAUCAGUAGCUCCUCUGAUGGCCCAACGGAAAACCCUGUGGAAAGCUCUGUGUCGGCUGGAGCUGAGUUGACCAGGCUUUCCCCAGAGACUGGCGCCUUCUCAAAGCUUUCUAACAUUAACAACCUCACCAUCAGCAGCUACCCUGGAUCAGAUUCCUGGGCCUGCCCAAGGAGCACUGAGGAUGUGUUCAAUCAUUUUCUUUAUUGGCGAACUCCUCUCCCUGACAUAAGCAAGGACUUAGAGCUGCUUCUGAGUGAGGCUGGGCCUCAGGAGGACAACUGCAGCAGACCUGGGGUUGUGCACAACAGCUGUGUGGCCCGGAGUGAGAUUCAGAAAGUCCUUGAUAGUUUGCAGGAGCAUCUGAUGAAUGAUCCAGAUGUUCAAGCUCAAGUUCAGGUAUUAUCCGCUGCACUGAGAGCUGCACAGCUUGACUCCGUGAAUGAACCCAAGAGCAAGCCAACAGCAGGCCUAAAUGAAGUGUCCAUUUCACAUCCCAGCUCUGCCUCUGACAAUCAGAUCACUCUGGCAGCCUCAUCAUCUCAGAAUGAGCUCUUUGUGGCCAGGAUAUUACAAAGCCCAGAUCCAGGUGAACCCAGAAAUGGAACCAGUGACCAUCUGGAGACUGACCAGAGGCAGGAUCCCACCCCACUUGAAGAGAAUAAAUCUAAAUUACAGGAUGUAAUACCUCAGCCGCUGCUAGAUCAGUAUGUGUCCAUGACUGACCCAGCUCGAGCCCAGACUGUCGACGCUGACAUAGCCACACACUGUGCCUACAGCCUCCCAGGGGUGGCACUGACCCUGGGCAGGCACAAUUGGCACUGCCUGAAAGAUACAUACGAAACACUGGCUUCUGAUGUACAGUGGAAGGUACGGCGAACCCUAGCCUUCUCCAUUCACGAGCUGGCUGUGAUUCUUGGGGAUCAGUUAACAGCAGCUGACCUGGUGCCUAUCUUCAAUGGAUUUUUAAAGGAUCUAGAUGAAGUGCGAAUAGGAGUUCUUAAACACCUGUAUGAUUUUCUAAAGUUGCUUCAUGAAGACAAGAGGAGAGACUAUCUUUAUCAGCUUCAAGAAUUUGUAGUGACUGAUAACAGCAGGAAUUGGAGGUUUCGAUAUGAACUAGCAGAGUAAGUAAAAACAUAUUUGGGGAUAUGAGAAAGCAAACUAGAUGGAAUAAAUCUUAAUUUUCUUACCGUAUAAUUGAUUUCUAAAG